CCAACAACAGAGCGGUUCAGUGAACUAGCGCGAUUUUGAUUAAGUGAGUGAAUUUAGCAUGGAAUCGACCAACAACGGUACGACGACAGGAAAGUUUCCCUUCAAAAUCCAGCUUGUAGAAGAUGAACUAAACCGGAGACUUCUAAACGAUUUUCACGGUGAAAAAACUGGUUUCGUGCAAGUUGGUGACGACAAGUGGUUCUUUCCCAGCAAGUACCUGGUAUCGGCGGAGCAUUUCUAUGGCUUCAAAGCGAGGCCCAGUGACGUUUGGGUUGCGACUUACCCGCGUUCCGGAACGACCUGGACUCAGGAAAUGGUCUGGAUGAUCUGCAACAAACUGGACUCGGUGGCGGCCCGUAGUGAACCACUCACCAAACGGUUUCCAUUUUUUGAGUUUCACAUUUACAUGCACGAUCUGAUGAAGCAACAGUUUUUAGCCGAAAAUCCAGACCCAGUCGACCAGCGUUUCAUCGAAGCAGCAGCGACGCCAGCAUAUGAAACGCUAAGCGCCAUGUCGACGCGACGCUUCAUAAAGACUCACUUUCCGAUUUCUCUUUUACCACCAAGCAUAUUUGAGGCAGGUGCCAAAGUUAUUUACGUUGCCAGAAACCCCGCCGAUGUUGUGGUUUCCUACUACCACCUUAACAAACUCUACCGUACGCAGAGCUAUACCGGAGAUUUCGCAACGUUUUACGACUACUUUGAGAACGACUUAACGGCGUGGUCACCGUACUGGACCCAUCUGAAGCAGGGAUGGAAAGCACGGCAUUUGCCUAACGUUUUGUUUAUGUUUUACGAAGACAUGAAAGCCGACCUGGCGGGAACGAUACAUAAAGUGGCGGAGUUUUUAGAAACGUUGCUCUCCGACGAGGAGGUUGUCAGUCUAACCGAGCACCUAAGCGUGGAAAGCUUCAAGAAGAAUCCAUCGCUCAACGGAGAGGAGCUGAAAAAGGUCGGUAUACUGGAUUCGAGCGCUCAAGGGUUCAUUCGCAAAGGGCAGGUGAAUGCGUCGGAGGAAGAACUGACGGACGAAAUCAGGGAGCGCCUUCGCGUGUGGACGGACCGAAAUCUAGCCGAUACGGACAUGAGAUUUCCUGUGGUGUAGAAAACUAGUGCAUUGAUUUGUGUGAAAAUUGAAUGUACUGAAUAACAUAAAUUGUAGUUUACAAUAAAGUAUAAGCAUAGUGAAAUAUGAAUAUCAUAGAAUUUAAGUUUUUCUAGAAUUUAAGUUUUAAUGUUACCGUACCAUAAAACAUUUUUACAUUAACAAACCACAAAGUUACAAUUCUAGACCAUAUAAAUUUUUUUCGAAAUUUUCCUAGUUUGUUAUAUGUCGUUGAUUUGUUUUAGUUAGUUCAAAUUUUUAAGUUAAAAUAUGUCAAUUAUGAUUAUGUACGUUUUGAAUGUAUUCACUCGAUUUUUUACAUCAUGGACCAUGAUUCAUGGUACUUCAACUAAAAACGAAACAACACAAUGAUUGCAAAAACAAUAAAACUUCAAGUACAAAACAAUUAAAAACAAUUUGAAACAAAUAAAAGAAGAGAUUUUUGAACCCAAAGGAUUCCCAUUAAACU